AUGACACAUUCAAAAAAUGUAGUUUCUUGUGUUGUUGUAACAGCCGGUGUAGUUUCUACAGUUGUUGUAUCAGCUGGUGUAGUUUCUAAUAUUGUAUCAGCCGUUGUAGCGACAACAGUUGUUGCAUCAGCUGGUGUAGUUUCUUGUGUUGUUGUAUCAGCCGGUGUAGUUUCUACUAUUGAUGUAUCAGCCGUUGUAGCUUCAACAGUUGUUGCAUCAGCUGGUGUAGUUUCUACUAUUGUUGUGUCAACCGGUGUAGUUUCUUCUGUUGUUGUAUCAGCCGGUGUAGUUUUUUCAGUUGUUGUGUCAGCUGAUGUAGUGUCUACAGUUGUUGCAUCAGAUGUCGUAGUUUCUUCAGUUGUAUCGGCUUGUAUAGUUUCUUCAGUUGUUGUAUCAGCUGACGUAGUGUCUACAGUUGUUGCAUCAGAUGUCAUAGUUUCUUCAGUUGUUGCAUCAGAUGUCUUAGUUUCUUCAGUUGCUGUAUCGACUGGUGUAGUUUCUACUAUUGUUGUAUCAGCCGUUGUAGUUUCAACAAAUGUUGUAUCAGCCGGCGUAGUUUCUUGUGUUGUUGUAUCAGCCGGUGUAGUUUCUUCAUUUGUUGCGUCAGAUGACGUAGUGUCUACAGUUGUUGCAUCCGAUGUUGUAGUUUCUUCAGUUAUUGUUACUAUUGUUGUAUCAGCCGUUGUAGCGACAACAGUUGUUGCAUCAGCUGGUGUAGUUUCUUGUGUUGUUGUAUCAGCCGGUGUAGUUUCUACAAUUGAUGUAUCAGCCGUUGUAGUUUCUACUAUUGUUGUAUCAGCCGUUGUAGUUUCUUCAGUUGUUGUAUCAGCUGGUGUAGUUUCUACUAUUGUUGUAUCAGCCAUUAUAGCUUCAACAGUUGUUGUAUCAGCUGGUGUAGUUUCUUGUGUUGUUGUAUCAGCCGGUGUAGUUUCUACUAUUGUUGUAUCAGCCGUUGUAGCUUCAACAGUUGUUGCAUCAGCUGGUGUAGUUUCUACUAUUGUUGUGUCAACCGGUGUAGUUUCUUCUGUUGUUGUAUCAGCCGGUGUAGUUUUUUCAGUUGUUGUGUCAGCUGAUGUAGUGUCUACAGUUGUUGCAUCAGAUGUCGUAGUUUCUUCAGUUGUAUCGGCUUGUAUAGUUUCUUCAGUUGUUGUAUCAGCUGACGUAGUGUCUACAGUUGUUGCAUCAGAUGUCAUAGUUUCUUCAGUUGUUGCAUCAGAUGUCUUAGUUUCUUCAGUUGCUGUAUCGACUGGUGUAUUUUCUACUAUUGUUGUAUCAGCCGUUGUAGUUUCAACAAAUGUUGUAUCAGCCGGCGUAGUUUCUUGUGUUGUUGUAUCAGCCGGUGUAGUUUCUUCAUUUGUUGCGUCAGCUGACGUAGUGUCUACAGUUGUUGCAUCCGAUGUUGUAGUUUCUUCAGUUAUUGUUACUAUUGUUGUAUCAGCCGUUGUAGCGACAACAGUUGUUGCAUCAGCUGCGACAACAGUUGUUGCAUCAGCUGGUGUAGUUUCUUGUGUUGUUGUAUCAGCCGGUGUAGUUUCUACUAUUGAUGUAUCAGCCGUUGUAGCUUCAACAGUUGUUGCAUCAGCUGGUGUAGUUUCUACUAUUGUUGUGUCAACCGGUGUAGUUUCUUCUGUUGUUGUAUCAGCCGGUGUAGUUUUUUCAGUUGUUGUGUCAGCUGAUGUAGUGUCUACAGUUGUUGCAUCAGAUGUCGUAGUUUCUUCAGUUGUAUCGGCUUGUAUAGUUUCUUCAGUUGUUGUAUCAGCUGACGUAGUGUCUACAGUUGUUGCAUCAGAUGUCAUAGUUUCUUCAGUUGUUGCAUCAGAUGUCUUAGUUUCUUCAGUUGCUGUAUCGACUGGUGUAGUUUCUACUAUUGUUUUCCGUUGUAGCGACAACAGUUGUUGCAUCAGCUGGUUAGUUUCUUGUGUUGUUGUAUCAGCCGGUGUAGUUUCUACUAUUGUUGUAUCAGCCGUUGUAGCUUCAACAGUUGUUGCAUCAGCUGGUGUAGUUUCUACUAUUGUUGUGUCAACCGGUGUAGUUUCUUCUGUUGUUGUAUCAGCCGGUGUAGUUUUUUCAGUUGUUGUGUCAGCUGAUGUAGUGUCUACAGUUGUUGCAUCAGAUGUCGUAGUUUCUUCAGUUGUAUCGGCUUGUAUAGUUUCUUCAGUUGUUGUAUCAGCUGACGUAGUGUCUACAGUUGUUGCAUCAGAUGUCAUAGUUUCUUCAGUUGUUGCAUCAGAUGUCUUAGUUUCUUCAGUUGCUGUAUCGACUGGUGUAGUUUCUACUAUUGUUGUAUCAGCCGUUGUAGUUUCAACAAAUGUUGUAUCAGCCGGCGUAGUUUCUUGUGUUGUUGUAUCAGCCGUGUAG